GGGAGGGAGGGGAGGAGGGCGGGGGGAGCGAGGCGAGAGAGGGAGGGGAGGGGAGGGGGGGGCGGGCAUUGAUUAUUCCAUUGUGUUGGAGGCAGAGCCGCCAGGUCCGGGGCGCGCGCGAGGGAAGGCGGCAGGCGGGGAGGCGGCCGAGGGGAAAUCAAUGGGGAAGCCCCGGCGCGGCGAACCCCAUCGAUUUUCGCUCGCCUGAGCCGCCGAGGAGAAGCCGGCGCCGGAGGAGGCUGCUGCUGGUGCUGUUGGUGCUGCUGCUGCUGCUGCGGCCGCCCCCCUCGCCGAGCCACCCCCCCCAAGCCCCCCCACCCGGCGGCGGCCGGGAGCGUCAGCGGCGCCUGCUGGUCCCCUCCGCCCUCCGCGCCUCGCCCGCUCCAUGCUCUGGCUUCCUUCCCUUCCCUUCCCGCCAGCAGAGGUGGUCUCGGCUCCCGUGCUGACAUGACCCCUCCACCCCCCUCGCGCCCGCACCGCCAUGGACGCCGCCUCUAACUCCGCCUCCUCCUCCUCCUGCUCCGCUGCUGCUGUCCUCCCGGCCGACGGGCAGGAUGACCGGGCUGCGGUUCGGCCCACUCAGGACUCUCCUGCCUCUCUAGCCACCAAAGAAACCCCCCUCCCGGACCCGCCCUCCUCCGCCACCCCCUCUCCCGAUGAAACCGUUCGGCCCGACUCUGGGGCGGAACCCAGCCCCGCAAAACUCCAACUCCAACCAGGCAUCUUAUCUCCCCCGCGCCUCCAAGUUGACGUUGGCCUAGCGAUACCAAACGUUCCCCCCUCCCCUCAGCCAACAUGCCCUGGAGAAGACGGAAAUGAAGCAGCAGCAGAUGACGACGACGAUGACGACGGAGUGGAUGGUGGAACCGAGGCCCAGCUCUUCUUCUCUGCCAAAGGCUCGGCCUAUCUCUUCCGCAGUGGCCACGUUCUCUUACCAAAGGGCUCCCCUAGCACCACAGCUCCCCCGGUGUCUGUCCUCCACGUCCAGCGCCGUGGAGGCCCAAACCAAGGCUUUACGUCUACUGACCAAAUGUCCCAGAAUACCUCAGCGCCAGCCGAAUGGACCCCUCACGGCGCCUUCCACACGUACCGACUGGCCGGGGCCCCCGCUCAAACCACACCUGCCAAAAACGUCCCCACCGAACCCAAAGAUGCCCCCACCGCCCGCGCAGAGGAUAAGGAAACCCCCCCGAGGGAAGCUGACCUCGACCAAGACGAGCAGCCCGUCCGGCUGUGCCUGACAUGCCGCCUUUCGUUCCGCCGGGGCUGUUCCUUGGCAUCCCACGCUCACGUGGCCCACGGGGUGCAGCUGAGCACCGACCAAUGCCAGGCCCUGUCCAGAGAGGCUUCUGCCGUGUUCCAGGGUACCACGCUUGGCUUCCUAGAACCAAAUAUUCCCACCACUGAGGCAGACCUCAAUGCCAGAAUGUGUAGCAGAUGGGUGAAUGUAUCAGAAGAGAAGGAGGAGGAGGAGGACGAAGAGGCGAAGAAACACAACUCAGAAGGACAAUGCGAGCCACCCAAUGCCAAAGAUUCAAGGGUUGGCGGUGCGCGCCGGGCGGAGGAGGGCCUGCAGGACAAACCAGAGAACGAGGAGGAAGAGGAGAAAGAGGAGGCUGGAGAAAAGGAAGAAGAGGGAAGGCUUCUCCCAGACCAAAGCUCACAUGGCCAAAGCCCGUUCAUGAGUGCUAACACCCCCCCCUCCGAGACGGCGCAGGUGAAGGCCGACAACGACGUCAACGUUGGGUUGGCCAAGGAAGACAUCCACAUGGAGUCGGUCGACAAACUUGCCGGCUUGGCCAACGAAGCUGUCAGCGUGGGACCGAUUCGGGACAGCGCUCCAGCCGAACCCGCCGACAAACCCAACAGUGCCGAAUCAGCCACCAAAGGGAACAGCGACGACCCAACCCACGCCACAGACGUCAGCAGCGCAGGGUUGGCUCACGAGGCCGGGCCCGCCGAGUUGGCCCACGGUGCCAGCAACCUGGGGAUGGCCGGCCUUGGGUUCGAUGUGAACAGCAGCCACAACGGACAGGCCCCGCUCGGCUUUGGGGAUGAUUUCACAGCCAUGGCCUACUCCGGCUUGACUCUGUCCGGCCACAUGUCCUUGCUGCAUUCGCGCAAUUCUUGCAAGACUCUGAAAUGUCCCAAGUGCAACUGGCAUUAUAAGUACCAGCAGACUCUGGACGUGCACAUGAAGGAGAAACACCCGGAAAACAACAGCCACUGCGCCUACUGCAGCACCGGAGGCCCCCACCCCCGCCUGGCCCGGGGCGAAAGCUACAACUGCGGCUACAAACCCUACCGCUGCGAGGCCUGCAAUUAUUCCACCACCACCAAGGGCAACCUCAGCAUCCACAUGCAGUCCGACAAGCACUUGGCCAACCUGCAAGGCUACCAGGCCUCGGGGGGGAGCAGCGCCAACGCGGCGGUCCCGGCCGCGGCUCCCACCCCCUCGUCUCCCGAGGAGAAGGAGUCCAAGGGCAAGUCCUCGUGGCAGUGCAAGGUCUGCAGCUACGAGACCAACAUCUCUCGCAACCUCCGGAUCCACAUGACGUCCGAGAAGCACAUGCAGAACGUGCUGCUGCUGCACCAGGGGCUCCCCUUGGCCCUGCCCGGACUCCUGGGCCAACCCCAAGCGUCGCCCGGAGGCAAGCCGCAGCCAGAGCUCUUCCAGUUCUACGGAGCCCAAGCCCUCGGCCACACCCAUCACCCGCACCCUCACCACGCCCAUUCCGCGGCCAGCCCGGCCCUGCUGGGGGACAAGCCCAUGGAGCAAACCCAGCUCUUACUCAACGGGGGCUUCCCACAUCUCAGCACCCCCGGCAGGAAGAUGGCCGCUUUGGGGUCAGCUCCCGCGUCGCUCUCUCCGGAGCCCGCCCCGCCUUCCCCGCUGCCACCUCACCCCGGGGCGGACCCGGGGUCUCCUCAGAGGUUGUUUAGCUGCUUGGUGUGCCAGGCGUUCGGCACCGACAGCCUGGAGACGCUCCUGCGGCACGCGUCGGCCCCGCGCUCGCUGCCCGAGGCGGAGUGGAAGGAAAUAUCCGGGGACUUGCAUCGAUGUAGGCUGUGCGCGUACGGCACCCAGCUGAAAGCCAACUUCCAAUUGCACUUGAAGACCGACAAGCACGCCCUGAAAUACCAGCUGGUGGCCCACCUGCGCGAAGGGGGCAACAGCGGAGCCCACCUGGGGGUGGAGCUGCCUCUGGGCCCGCCCCUCCACCUGCACUGCAAUCUCUGCGAAUACGAGACCAACAGCAAGGAAAAGAUGCGCCUGCACGUAGCCGGGGGCAACCACCAGGAAGCCGUGCAAGGUUACAAGUUCCUUCUAGAGCUGGAGGCCACGUCGGCCCCGCCGCUGGGCCCUGAACCCGCCCAGUUCCGCUGCCUCCUCUGCAGCGUGGACACACCCAACAGCCUGAUGAUGAUCCAGCACCUCCGCUCCCCCCAGCACCGCGUACCUGGCUCAGUGGCGCCUCCAGUUUCUAACGCAGCAGGAAGAGCUUGCUCCCGGGCUGAGAGAGAUACAUCUGUUCUCCAGCCCCUGCAAACCCCACCCCUAGGGAAGGAAACGGUGAUGGACGCCCCAGAGAAAGCAACGCUGAAUAAACCCCAGAUGCCUGGUUCCGACGAGACCGAAUCAAAAACUGGAGCUGGGGGCAAUAUUACAGUGUUCUGCUGCCCGUUCUGCAACUUCGUCGACCCGUCGGCCGACGCGGUGCGAUCGCACACUGUCUCCCAGCAUGCCGUGCAGCCCAAGUUCCGUUGCCCGCUGUGCCAGGAGCAACUGGUGGGCCGGACCAACCUCCAUUUCCACCUCAGCCACAUCCACAACGUGGUGCCCGAGUGUGUGGAGAAGCUUCUGCUAGUGGCCACCACCGUGGAAAUGACCUUCGCCACCAAAGUUGUACCAAGCCCCAGCCCUCCUCCUGACCCACCAAAGCCAGACGGGACGCCCACCCCAGAGCAAGGGGGUGCAAAUGAACCCCAAAGCCCCCUUCUCGCACCACCCGCUGGAGAAAAAGUUCCCUCAGCGCCAACGCUGCCCCCGGAAACGCCCCCUGCGGCCGCUCCUUCCCCAGCAGCGCCAGCAGACCCGCCGGAAAAGCCGCCACCCGCCUCUUCAACCCCUCCCCCACCCGCUGUGCUCGAGCCCGAAGAGGAAGACCCUCCGCGUCCGAACGCCCCACCCGAGGAGCAGCCGCUGCCACCAUCACAGGCCCCGACGGAGCCUCCGGAGGCCUCGCCCCCUGCCCUGCCCAGCCAGGACCCCCGGCACCCGCUGUCCUACCGCAAGGCAACCAACUUUGCCUUGGACAAGUUCCUGGAUCCCGGCCGCCCGUACAAAUGCACGGUGUGCAAGGAAUCCUUCACCCAGAAGAACAUCCUCCUGGUGCACUACAAUUCCGUCUCACACCUACACAAGAUGAAGAAGGCCUCGGCCGACCCCUUGGCGCCCUCCCGAGGCGAACCGGGCACCCCCGGGGCUCUCCAACCGUCCUCGGACAAGCCUUACAAAUGCACCACCUGCCGGGUUUCCUACAACCAGAGUUCCACCCUGGAGAUCCACAUGCGGUCGGUUCUGCACCAGACCCGCUCCCGCGUCGCUAAGAUGGAAGCCGCCGGCAAAGCCGAGGCGUCGUCCGCUGAAGCGGAAGCCCCAAGCGAGGCACCGCUGGAAACGGAGCCACCUAAGCUCUUAGAGGCUGGCUGCAUGCCGGUGCCGGCUCUCCCCUUUUUGGCACCGCCCACAGCAGAGCUGCAACGUUUCCCCACACCCCUAUUCACGCCACCGCUGCUGCCGCCCUUCCCGCUGGUCCCGGAGUCCCUGCUGAAACUGCAGCAGCAACAGCAGCAGCUUCUGCUCCCCUUCUAUUUACACGACCUCAAAGUGGCCCCCAAGCUGGCUUUAGCAGCACCAGCACUCACCCUCCCGGCCGCUCCACCGGUGCUGCUGCCACCUGCCCCAGCGAAGGAGGAGCCGGCCCCAACAUCAAGCAGUUCUAAACCAGAGCUCACAGAAGAAGCAGAAGCGGAGGAGGCAGAGGCGAGCCAGCCGGCGAGCGAGGCGUCCCGCACGGCAGCCAAGGCCCUCCUGGAGAACUUUGGUUUCGAGCUCGUGAUCCAGUAUAACGAGGGCAAGCAACCCGUGGCGGCAGCCGCUCCGGCCGCCCCCCCUCGGCCCCCGGCAGGCAAGCUGCAGUGCGGCUCGUGCGGCAAACAGUUCUCCAACAUGCUCAUCCUGAAAACGCACGAGGAGCACGUCCACCGACGCUUCCUGCCUUUCGAGGCGCUCAAUCGUUACGCUGCGCAGUUCCGGAAGAGCUACGAUAGCAUGUAUCCACCCCCACCCCCGGCACUCCCUGUGGAGACUACUACCACCACUACUACCACUCCCACAAUCACAGUUGCUGCCGCCGCCGCCUCCACCAUUUCUGCCACAGAAACGCCAACCAUCGCUGUCCCGCCAGCCUCCAUACCUCUGGAUAUCCCCAACCUCUGCCCUCCUUUUUUAAUACAACCCAUCCCCGUGGCAGUUCCACCGCCCGAUGGCGAGACUCCUCGGGUGUCUCCAGAGCAUUUGAAAUCUCUGUGGUUUCGUGGCGAGGACGAGGAAGGUGGCAGUUUGUCCGUGGUUCCCGACGCUCCUUGGAGCGGCUUCCAUGCCACCCGGCGCUUCUCCCGCACUAAAUUCACAGAGUUCCAGUCGCAGGCUCUACAGUCCUUCUUCGAGUCCAGCGCUUAUCCCAAAGACGGCGAGGUUGAGCGUCUGUCGGUGCUCCUGGGCUUGUCGAACAGAGUCAUUGUGGUUUGGUUCCAAAACGCCCGUCAGAAGGCCCGCAAGUGCGGAAGCGAGUCCGGGAUGAGUAGCGGGAGCACCGGGGCGCAGCCCAGCUGCAAGAAGUGCCGGUCGUCCUUCCGCUGCAUCUUUGAACUGAUACGCCAUCUCAAGAAGUGUUACAAUGACCAGCCGGAAGAAGCGGAAGGGGACUGUGCUGAGGAAGACAAUGAAGCUCAUGAGGAAGAAGAACAGGAAGAGGAAGAGGAGCAGCAACAGCAGGAGACUUCUGCAGCUGGCGGGGAUGCUAAGACAGAUGGCCCUGGAGACAGGCUCCCGGAAGAAGAGCUACCAUCUCCAGAAGCCCCGCCUGAAAGCUCAGCCAGUCAUCCCUGUGACCAGUGCCCAGCCACGUUCUCGAGCGCUGACCUUCUCAACGCCCACCAUGUUAGUCAUAUGCCAGCAGCCGGUCCUGCAUCAGCCAUCGUAGGACCUCCCCAACAACUCCCGGACUUGGCCCCCUUGGCAUUCGGCGAGCGCGCCGUGCAGCCCGAUCUCUCCCGGGCGCAGAAACGGAAACAUGAGGACGGGAGCUUGUCGCCCACCGGCAGCGAAUGCGCUAGCAUGGUGGGCGGGGAUAGCGAUCCCCCGCGGGACAAGCGCCUGCGCACCACCAUUUUGCCCGAGCAGCUGGAGAUCCUGUAUCGCUGGUACAUGCAGGACUCCAAUCCGACCCGGAAGAUGCUCGACUGCAUCUCGGAAGAGGUGGGGCUCAAGAAGAGGGUCGUCCAAGUGUGGUUCCAGAACACGAGAGCCCGAGAGAGGAAGGGCCAGUUCCGCUGCAGCGCCAGCUCUACCGUUAUAACCACCAAGCCCUCAACGGUGCUCACGACGGUCUUCCCAAAGUUCAACCCUCCACCGCGGGACCCGCCUAUCCUUUACGGGGCCGCCUUCACCCCAAGCCUCCCUGUGGUCCCUGUCCAGCCGCCACCAAGCAAGCCAGAAGUUCCUGUGGAUUCACAAGCGCAGGACGAAGCAGCCGAGGAGGAGAUACCCAAGGAGAAUGAAGACAGAAGCUUGUCAGGGGGCGAACUGAGCGACUCGUCGUCCUCGACAUGUUCACUGGCUGAUCUGGAUUCCCCGGGCAGCCAACAGAGCCGAGCGACGGAGGGCGGCCUCGGCGGCUCCCUCGACUCCCUGGGUCAGCGUCGGUACCGCACUCAGAUGUCCAGCCUCCAGCUAAAAAUCAUGAAGGCUUGUUACGAGGCCUACCGAACUCCCACCAUGCAAGAGUGCGAGGUGCUAGGGGAGGAAAUCGGGCUGCCCAAGCGGGUGAUUCAGGUGUGGUUUCAGAACGCCAGGGCCAAAGAGAAAAAGGCCAAGGCGGCCUCGGGCAGCACCAGCGGCGGCGACGAGGGGCCUCGUGGCACACAGGCCCAGUCCGAAUGCCCCUACUGCGAAGUCAAGUACGAUUUCUACGUGUCCUGCCGCGGGCACCUCUUCUCCCGUGGCCACCUGGCGCAACUUAAAGAGGCCAUCAAGGCCCAGCUCAAGAGCGAAAGCAAGUGCUAUGAGCUGGUGCCAGAGAAAGGGACGCCAUCCCCAACUAGGCUGGGCAUUUCUAUGCCCCCCACCACCGUGCCACCGUCUCUCGGGAGUAUGGCCUCCUUUGCGCCAGGCCCUUCCUCUUCUUCCUCUGGUGUCCUGAGCUCUUCAUUGGCCUCAACCCAGCCAGGUCCGCCCUUACCUCAGCGCCUCACACCAGAACCGGCCCACCUCGGUCCCUCAACAGAGCCUGCUCCUGCUCCGGAGACCUCCCUGGCCGACAGGCAGGCAGACCCGACUUCGAGUUCGGCCCCGGAACCCUCCUUGUCCUCCACUGCCACGCUGAAGAACCUCAAGACGUUGAAGGCCACGGUCCCGGCCCUGCUGGGCGGCCAGUUCCUGCCCUUCCCUCUGCCUGCGGCCACCGCAGCAGCCCCCUCGCUCUUCGGGGCCCAGCUGCCCGGGGCCUACUUCCAGCAGCUUUACGGCAUGAAGAAGGGGCUCUUCCCCAUGAACCCCGUCAUACCUCAGACACUCAUGGGGCUGCUGCCCAACCCUUUGCUCCCGACGCCCGCGCCCGAGCCGCCCGUCGAGGUGUCCGAAGCCCCCGGCAUCUCCACGGUUGACGUGACUCACCAGUACCUUUGCCGCCAAUGCAAAGCAGCCUUUGAAAGCGAGGGGGCGGCUGCGGCCCACCAGGCGGCUUUCUGCUACUUUGGGCGCCAGCCGCCGGCAGCCCCGCCCCCGCUGCGCGUGCCCGUGUGCACCUACCACUGCCUGGCCUGCGAGGUGCUCGUGAGUGGGCGGGAGGCGCUCGGGGCUCACCUGCGCUCCAGCGCUCACCGGCGCAAGGCCGGCUCCAACGCAGCAACCGCAUCGGUGUUUGCCAAAGAGGAAUCCAAAUUACCUCACUCGGACUCCAACCCAAAAAGUAACGCUACCUCUACGACACUUCUAGCUUUAUAGAGAUGGAUGCCACACUGCCACUCAUUGAGAGAGAAUGACUGACCAGCCAGCCGGCGGAGGGACGGGCGCCCCCCUCGGGGUGUCCCCUCUGCCCGGACCAUCCCUCAACACGCAACCCAGCCAGGAAAAAUGACCAAUAAGUUUGAGAGACAGCCUCUUGCCACUCGCCCAAAGCCACACCCGCUGCCCUAAACUAGCCCCCUAUAUCCCAGCCUACGAGCAGCCAUGCGGGCAAGGCAAAUUCAACUUUGCAGUCCCCGCCCCCCAAAAGUCAAACCUCACCUAUCUGCUGCAGUCUAUCCCAAGAGAUGAGCAGCUGUUAAGAACCCCAGACCUGAAGGAUGCUAACUUUAGAAAGUCCUUGCACCUCUUACAAAGGAGUGUCUGUCUGUCCUUCAACCAUUCCUGUCUUCUUCCACUGGUCUGCCACCUUACCCCCAAACCCUUGCCAAUAUGGCUGCUGUACAGCUAAACCCACCCCUCCCGUGACCCACCCUGCAUAUCACCUAAAUGUAGAUUCCUUACCUCUCCACUCCUACGUCCAGAAAAGGACGAAUGGAUCUUCUGUGGCCAUCCGUAGCUCCCCAAACCCAACACAGAUCCCAACUCGUGCUUUUUUUGCUAGCCCUGAUUCCUGCCACCUACCUGCAUAUUCUGGUCUUCCAUCUACUGUGGCAUACACGUGUAAUUCAGAUGUGAGAGAGACACACAAGAGACUUUGCUUCUCCCACACCUUUAUGUCAUAAACUCCUAAUGUUCUCAUCUUGUCCUCCAGAGACUGUUCGCACAUGCUCUCAGGAACAUCUCAAGAUGAUCCCUGCUACGAACACCUUCAGAUGUUCCUCAAGAGAUGAGCUCCUCCCUUUGGAAGGUGAGCACUCGCUUCCUUCGUAAGCGUUCGUACGUAAAGGCGGCACUGUCUCUUUCUGCUUGUGCCAAAAACGCCUUGUCCUGCACAACCUCCCUUUCAUUCUCAGCACAACGCCUCUUGUUGCUACGUGUGCGUGCCAGAGCCCCACCUUUCUCACCACUUGAUAGCUGCUGGCACACUCUUUUGACGCAUGCACCUGUGUGCAUCGAGACUCCGUCUCUCACAAACACACACACACAUACACACCCUGCUUGAAUUCCCUCUCUCACACUCACCUCCUGCUCUUUUACUGUGUUACUGAGAAAGGCCAAAAAAAAGCAAAGCAAACAAAAAGAAUGGACAGAAAGAAAGAAAAAAUUAUUAACCCAAGGAGACAAAACUGAAGGGGGGAGGGGGGCAAAGAUGUGAAACUGAGACCCCCCCACCCUGCACCCCCUCCCAGAGCAUGCUCCGCCCAUUGUGUAUAAAAAAAAAUUACCGUCAGAGACGGAUGGACAGAUUCCCGAACUGUUGAUGGAUUUGAACGACUUGAACAGCAACCAAACAGGGAAAGAAAGAAGACGUCUCUCUUUCCCGCCAUCUUCCUCUCUCUCUCCUCCUCCUCCUCCUCCUCCUCCUCUCCCCAGGUGGGUCUUUAUGGCCUCUGGGGAACCAAAUAAAACCAACAACCUCGCUGUCUUUUUUCCUCCUGAUAGACGUGACCUUCCGUCUCUGCGCGGGGAAACGACACAAAUCUACUCCGAUGGCUUUAAAAAAAACACGAAAAGAAACAAGAAGGAACCUCCCGUCACACACAAACUUGUGCCGUGUGCCGACGUCCUCGCAAAAAAGAAAAAAAAAGAACACAAAACCCUCUUAUGAAUCCAAAGCUCUUAAAAAAAAACUUCUUUACAAUAACCAAAAAGAGAAAAGAAAACCAACCGUGAGAGAGAGAAUUACCCACCAACAAAAAAGGAAUAAUAAAAAGCAACCAGGAUAUUUUUUUUUGGUUUUAAAAAGAGACAUGAUAAAAAGAAAAGAAAAAGAGAACCCCUCCUGUUUUUCCUCCUCUGUGUCGAUUCUUUUUGGGGUUUCUUUUCAUGUUCUUUUCAUCCCUACCGAGUCUUUUUGAUGCCCUCCCGCCCAACCAAGAUGGACAUGAAUUUUAAGAAGUGGAUGAAACAUGGGAACCUGUGGGGUAAAGAAGGGGUUACAAAACAUAAAAAAAAACACAAAUAACCAAACGAACUACAUGUGGGGUGUUAAGGAGGGAUGGGGGCUUAUACAACGGCUCGCCCUCUGGACCGCUCUGUUUUUCUCAGACUCCCUUCUCCCUACAACUCUAUGCCCCAAAGUGGGGAAAAAAAUGUCUUUCUGUUGUGUAUUUAAAAGAGGGGGUUGGGGAACGAUUAAAAAAAAUAAAAAGAAAUAAAAAAUAUAUGAAAGAAA